AUGCUGAAUGUUGUUGCUUUUAAUCUCGACUCCCAGAAUGUUCUGCAGAGAAACGGGGAUCCUGGAAGCCUGUUUGGGUUUUCUAUCACCUUCCACCAACAGUUAAAUCCCACCAGAAAGAACCUAUUAUUGGUCGGAGCCCCGCGUUCAAAACAUGAAAAUCAGGUGAAUGUUACAGGUGUCGUCUACCAGUGUGAUCUGUCUGGAACAUCUGAGCGCUGUCAGCCCAUUGAGUUUAAUAAUGAAGAGUUCCUAAACAGUAAAGGCAUAAACGGGCAGUGGAUGGGAGUCAGGGUGACGAGCCAAGGUCCAGGGAAAAAUGUAAUGACUUGUGCUCAUCGGUACCAACAGUGGAGUCCAAGCCCAAGCCUUUACGUCCCUCACCUGGUGACGGGUCAGUGCUACCUCUUAGAUGAAGACCUUCAGGUCGGGACAGAGGAGCGGAUGUGGAGGAGGGUCGUGUGUGAUUCUCAACACCUUAUCAACCGCCCAAUGGACCAGGACUGGUUUGCGUACUGCCAGCAGGGCCAUGGAGCAGCUUUCGCAAAGGACAACAGAUCUGUAGUAUUUGGUGCACCUGGUGCAUAUCAGUGGAGAGGAAUCGUACAGAUGGAGCCGUUAGACAAUCUGGACAUCGACAGUGAAGACGCUCGUGAGACUGGAGACACUGACCAGUUCAACUCAAAGCUCAUUCCUCUGCAGAGAAGCAGCUACCUUGGGUUCUCUGUUGACUCUGGAAUGGCCCUCAUCAGGAAGGGUGAGCUGACCAUAGUGUCUGGAGCCCCCCGAGGAGGCUACAGCGGAAAAGUGGCUUUUCUGAAACCAGACCCGGUGGCGAAGAGAAAUUUAUCUGUAGAGUUCCUCCUGACCGGCCCCGGCCUGGCCUCGUCUUUUGGAUAUGAUGUGGCGGUAGUGGAUCUCAACGGUGAUGGGUGGGACGACCUCGCUGUUGGAGCUCCACAGUUCUUUCGCAAAGACGAUGAGGUCGGAGGCGCCGUCUACAUUUAUAUUAACAAUAAGGGAGCAAACUGGGAGAGAACAGAGCCCAUCGAACUCCAUGGACGUAAUCAGUCAAUGUUUGGCCUAGCUGUGGAAAGCAUAGGAGACAUCAAUCAAGAUGGCUAUGGAGAUAUUGCUGUAGGGGCGCCGUAUGAAAGUACUGGUCGAGUAUAUAUUUACUGUGGCUCAUCAGACGGCAUUAACAAGAAGCCAGCACAGGUACUCAAACCAGAGUCUAAGACGGUGAAUCUGUUUGGAUAUUCUCUGUCUGGUAACCUGGACGUGGAUGACAAUCAGUAUCCUGAUUUGGCCGUCGGAUCUCUGUCAGAUUCUGUCUUUGUCUACAGAGCCAGGCCAGUUGUCAGUGUCAGCAUCUCUCUGAAAGUAACACCACAUGUACUAGACAUCACAAAGGGCCACUGUGAUAACUGUUAUUUUGCAGCAAAGACGUGCUUCACCUACACAGCACAUCCAGCAACGUUCAACCCCAAAUUGGUGCUCAGCUACACCUUUGAGGCCGAUGCUAAGAAAAGAAAAGCGAGGCUUCCUCCCAGAAUGGAGUUCCAGGGUCCACAUCGAGGACAACUGGAACUGCUUGGGCAGAGGAGAGAAAACUGUGCCGACACUAAACUCAGGCUUCUGCGUGACAUCAGUGACAAGCUGCAACCGAUCCCUGUUUCCGUCACUAUGUCUCUGUGGAGCCCAGAUCAGACCAGAGCAAACAUUCAUCAACCUGAACUCACUCCAGUCCUCAACCUCUACCAGCAGAAGAGCGCUGUCUCAGAGAUUAUCUUAAUAAACAAAGGCUGUGGGAGUGACAACAUUUGUCAAAGCAACUUAGCAUUACAGUACAAGUUCUGCUCCAUACAAAAACAGAACAAUAAGGAGGUUUUCACAUCACUGACCAGAGAGGAUGGUGUUGCAGUCAUCACUCCUUCAGGAGAAGACAUUGCUUUGGAGGUCACUGCGACUAACAGGAACGGAGAUGACGCACAUCAGACUCAUUUAGUCAUUACUCUCCCAGAAACUCUUCCCUACUCCUCUACAGUCCACAGCACAGCCUCCGAAACACAAGUGAGUUGUACAGCUAAUGACAAAGGAACAUUAGUCGACUGUGAACUGGGGAACCCACUGCGAAGAGACGCUGAGGUUACAUUUUAUGUCAAACUCACAACAUCUGGAAUUUCACUGAGUACAAAAGAUGUCAAUGUUACCCUGCAACUUAAAACAACCAGUGAGCAGACCAUAGAACCAGUUGAGCUUUUGGCCAGAGUGGUUUUUGAACUGGACCUGCAGCUGCAUGGACUUGCUAAACCCUCCCAAGUGUCAAUCAGUGAAAAUAGUGAAAACAGUGAAAAAGGUGAAAGUGCCAUAAAUUCAGUGGAUGAGAUCGGAGCUGAAGUUCAGUAUGAGUUUAAGAUUACCAACAUGGGCAGACCCCUCAAAUCAUUUGCUAAUGCUUCACUGAACAUCUACUGGCCAAAGGAGAACGUCGUGGGGAAAUGGCUGCUGUACUUGACUCAGAUCAACAGUAAAGGUGUGCAGUCCAUCCCAUGUUCACCUGGGGAUGAAGUCCAUCCACUGCAACAUGUGAAGGGUUGGUCGAACGCCCGAAGGAGGCGACGAGAAGCUGAGGGUGAACUUGAAGCCCUCUCAAUAGACGGAAUCCCUUUUCUCUCAAGAAGGAAACACAGAACACUGACCUGCUCAGAUGGACUGAAGUGUGUGGAGUUACGCUGCCCUCUGCUGGGCCUGGACAGUACUGCAGGGAUGGUCCUGCAUUCACGCCUGUGGAACUCAACAUUUACAGAGGACUACAGCUCUUUAAACUACCUUAUCAUUACCGUGGAUGCAGUUCUCAGUCUGACAAACUCACCAGAGAACAUCGGACUGAAAUCAGAAAAAUCAGCGACAAAGGUGAAGCUGACAGUGUUUCUGGAGAAACAGACUAAAUUCUACACUAAAGUUGCCUGGUGGAUCAUCUUUCUCACGGUCAUUGCAUUGCUCCUGUUGUUGGUUUUUCUUGGCUACAUGUUGUGGAAGCAUGGAUGUCCCAAAUGUCGCCCUUCUAAGAAGCUGCCACAUGAUGAUCCAGAUGCAGAAACUGCUCACCUCAAAGCCUAA